AUGUUAGAAAAAUUAUCUGAUCAGCUAUCAAAAUUAAUAAACAUUCCCUUUUCUGAUUGUUUGAAUAUAUUUCAAGUUUCAGAAUCAAUGUUGGAAGAGUAUGCAAUAGAGCUAGCAUAUUAUUGUUCAGUUGAUACAUUACAAUUACAUAAAUUGAACUUAAAGCGAAACAUAAUUGGAGAUUAUAUACAAAGAACCAGAAUUGCAUGUAUGACAAUCUUUAAUGUUUUCACUAAUGGAAUUGUUAGACAAGGAAUGUAUAAUGGAGGUCUAGUCAUUUCUCCAAUUAAGAACAUUAAAAGACCUGUUGCAGAUGUUGAUUUUACAUCAUAUUACCCUUAUGCUAUUAUACAAAACAACAUAUCUCUUGAAAAAUGUGUAUCAAAAGAUUCAACUAAUCCUUAUUUAAAUACUAUAAUUGAUAAUAGCAUUAUGAUGAUUAAUUUUGUAAAAGAACAAAGAUUCAUAGUAGUUUAUGGAGAUACAGAUUCUAUAUUUUAUUUAUUGCCAGAAUCAUAUUUCAUAGAACUUGAUACUAAGAAAAAACAUUAUGUCACAAUCACUCAUUCAGAUGUGCCAAAUUUAAACAAUUUAAAUUUAUUAUUGAAAGAUCUUAAAAUCAUUAAAUGUAAUAUGCCAGAGUUUUACAAACUUGUAGCAAAAGAAUUAAUAUAUUUUUCACUUGGAUUCAAUAAAAAUUUCUCAAUCAGACAAGAAGAAUUAGACCAAAAAGAAUUAGUUAUACAGAUAAUUACUAACUAUGUAAAUAAAAAAGAAAUACUAUUAGACUUGUUUGUUCUUACAGCAAAGUUUGAUCCAAUAUAUGCUUCAGUAUUAGCAGUUGAUUUUCAAAUUGCAAAAUCUGAUACAAAAAAAGGAAACAAGAUGGUUAAUAAUUUUGUUGCUAGAUUGGAACAUCCUAUUGAAUCAGAACGAAUCUUCUACUAUGUAAAAUUUCUACCAGGUGUUUCAAGUAUCUUAGACAGAAUGAUUUUAAUAGACUAUUUCAAUUCAAAGAAAGAUACUAUUGAUAUCAUAUACUAUUUUUACAGCUUACAAGACAUUGUAGCUUAUCUUUUAGACUGUGAAAAAAAACAAGCUCUCAAAAAAAUAAAGGAAAUAUUCGAUGCUAAGGAACUUAAAAAGCAAUGA